AUGGCCUUCUGGUGGCCGCUGCUGGUGCUCGCCGCCGCAUACGCGCUCUGCCGCCUGCUCCUCCUCCUCAUUCCGCCCACCGUCCCAUCCAUCGACGUCGACGCUUCCGAUGUGUUGGCCAAGGAGGACAGCUUCAUCUACAAUGUAUCAUCCAUUCUAACUUUGUCCACUGCUGCAGAAACGAGAAAGGGUAAAGCAGCUCAGACUGACAAGGUCCAAUGCUAUGAACCAGCGACCAUGAAAUACUUGGGGCAGUUCCCUGCGUUGACUCCUGACGAGGUCAACGAACAUGUUGCACAAGCCAGGAAAGCUCAAAAGAUAUGGGCAAAAAGCAGCUUCAAGCAAAGGCGCCAGUUUCUUCAAAUCCUUCUCAAGUAUAUUCUUGAACAUCAGGAUCUCAUAUGCGAGGUAUCGUCUCGGGACACUGGAAAAACUAUGGUUGAUGCUUCGUUAUGCGAGAUAAUGACCACAUGUGAGAAGAUUACCUGGCUUUUGGACGAGGGUGAGAAGUGGUUGAAACCUGAAUACAGUUUAGAGUCCUCAAAAUUAUUCUUACAUGAUGGAAAAGUCUCAGAAUAUGCAAGUUGGUCAGGCUGCUUUUAUUUUCGUAUCAUACAAGCAGCUCUUUCAGCUGUUGGUGCACCUGAGAAUCUGGUGCACAUAAUAACUGGUUUUGCGGAAACAGGCCAAGCUCUUGUAUCAUCAGUGGACAAAAUAAUAUUUGUGGGAUCCCCUGGUGUUGGAAAAAUGAUAAUGAAAAGGACAUCAGAGACUCUAAUACCUGUAACUCUUGAGCUUGGUGGUAAAGAUUCAUUUAUUGUGUGUGAAGAUGUAGAUUUACCUAGUGUUGUUCAAGUUGCUGUUAGAGCUGCUCUACAAUCUAGUGGGCAGAACUGCGCUGGUGCUGAAAGAUUUUAUGUUCACAACGACAUCUAUUCUGCCUUUGUUUCACAAGUAGUGAUGAUAGUCAAAUCUAUAUGUGUUGGUCCCCCAUUAUCAGGCAGAUAUGACAUGGGUGCAAUCUACAAAGGUGCCAAAAUUGCCGUCAGAGGGAGCUUUGGUAAUCUUAGUGAAGACUCAGUUGAUCAAUUUUUCCCUCCAACUGUCCUGGUGAAUGUUGAUCACACAAUGAAAAUUAUGCAAGAAGAGGCAUUUGGACCGAUUCUACCAAUCAUGAAAUUCAGUUCCGAUGAAGAGGCUAUCAAACUUGCAAACGACUCAAAGUAUGGUCUUGGUUGUGCUGUUUUUUCUGGCAACCAGAAGCGUGCCAUCAGAAUAGCAUCCCAAAUACACUGUGGGGUAGCAGCAAUCAAUGAUUUUGCUUCAAGUUACAUGUGUCAGUCUUUGCCAUUCGGUGGUGUUAAAGACAGUGGGUUUGGGAGAUUUGCUGGUGUAGAAGGCUUGCGAGCUUGCUGCCUUGUGAAGUCUGUUGUAGAAGAUAGAUUGUGGCCAUAUAUUAAAACAGUGAUCCCGAAACCUAUCCAGUAUCCUGUCUCAGAGCAUGGAUUUGAGUUCCAGCAGUUGCUUGUGGAGACUUUGUAUGGCUAUAGCGUGUGGGACAGGUUGCGAUCCCUUGUGAAUCUUAUAAAGAUGGUUACCGAGCAGAACUCUGCCCCUGCUUCAAAUGCGAAGACGAAGAAAAGGCGAUGA